ACUCAGUUCCACUCGGCUUUCAUCUCGUCUAGACGUACAGCUAAGAAAGUGUUUACAUUACAUAUAUAAUCAAAAGAGAUUGUUUCAAAUCGGUUACACAAUGUGCCAGUCCUGCGACCAAUCGCCCGAAUGGUGCGCCAAGUUCUAUUCGAUAUGGUGCAUCGUAUGGGGUGCUAUUGGCCUCGUAGUUGGUUUUGUUUUUAUGUUUGGAAGCCUCGCCGGAGAGGUCUUUUACUAUUUCGGAUGUUGUAAUGGUAUAUUCAGCAUACUUUACCUAUUGGCCGGUAUUUUCAUGUUGGUUGGCGCCAAAAUGAGCGGCAAGGGUUUGUUUUUGGCUGGCAAAAUUCUUAGCUACUUUUGGCCUAUUGUAAACUGUUUGGUAGUUUUCCCUAUAGUUGUCCACAUCAUGGCCAUAAUAAAAAUAUGCAAACAUCCAAAGGGCUCCUUUUAAUAACAUGCAUUUCCAUUCUCUAUUUGUGUUUUUAGUACAAAACCUAAAUUAUAGAAUAGAAACCGGAGCCGUAUUAAAGGGCAAGGUUUUUUAAUGUAGGUGAAGAACCUAAAGGAUUUGAGUCCAAAUUAUGAGUUUAUUCUAAUCAAAAUCAACAAAAUUUGCCCAAUUGUCCUUUGUACAAGGAACAGUUUUUAAUCAAAUUGAAAAAGUCGAUAAUUUGAAUGAAACUAAAUAUGAAUAACUCGAAACAACAAAACAAUAAUUCUUUAAAAACAUUAAAAAAUUAUAAUGUACCGUUAGCAAUGUUAUCGGCAUCUUUAUCUUCAAACGGGGAAUAUAAAAACAAUUUUUUGUGCUUGAAGCUAAAGGUUAAUAAAUACUAGAAAAUUAGUAAAUUA